CUUGUGUGUGUUUGUGUUCGUAGACCGUUGGUCAGGGAGAUACAUAGCUGACUGGAUCCAUUUGAACUCAUUCAUUAUUGUUGUGUACGUGUGUGUGUGUGAGUGUGAGUGUGUUUGUGCGUCAGAUGGUGUUCCUGCUCAUUUCAUUUCACCAGUUAAGUUAAAUCAGAGGCAGUCCCUGGCACACUGCAGAGGUCUCUCUAUGUCUCUGUCUAUGCUGCUCUGAAAGCAUCAACACCCUCGUGGUUCAGCACCCAAGGAAGCCCUCGUCCAGGCUUGUAUCAGGCACCAACGGGGCCCCCUGUUAAAAAGACCCAGGAUCUGGCCCUAAAAGAGGAAAAUGCAGAAUACAACAGGAGUGACAAAAGGCAUAACCCUAACAUGUGGCAUGUCUGGAAACUAUGAUUUCAUCUUCACCUUGGUGCCCAUCGUCUACUGCUGUAACUUUGUUAUCGGCAUUGUGGGAAACAGUAUGGUGGUGGCUGUCAUCUACCGCUACAUGAAACUCAAAACGGUGGCCAACAUUUUUGUCCUCAAUCUUGCCAUUUCUGACCUCACUUUCCUCAUUACUCUGCCCAUGUGGGCAGUCUUCACAGCAAAAGGCUAUGACUGGCCCUUCGGAGCAUUCCUGUGCAAGGCCAGUGCAGGGCUGGUGAUUUUUAACCUCUACACCAGCAUCUUCUUCCUCACAGCACUCAGUAUUGACCGUUAUCUGGCUAUUGUGCACCCAGUGCGAUCACACAGAUUCCGCACUGUGGUGUAUGCACAUGUCACGUGUGUAGUGAUCUGGCUUUUUGCUUUUGUGCUUAGUGUGCCCACAGCACUGACCAGGGAUGUCCACGACAUCACAAACUCCAACACUACAGUGUGUGGUAUUCUGCACCAGACAACUGUAGACAUCAGGUUGAAACAGCUUCUGCUGGCCAUCAGCCUAUUGAAAAGCUUGCUGGGCUUCCUGGUGCCCUUCGUCAUCAUCAUCACCUGUUACUGCCUCAUCGGGAGAGCACUGCUGGGAGCGAGACACAUCCAGAAAAGCUCCCGUUCCAGAGAUGACGAGGUACUGUGCAUGCUUGCAGCAGCUGUCAUGGCCUUCUUCUUGUGCUGGGUGCCCCAUCAGGUGUUCCACUUCAUGCAGGUGCUCACCCAGUUGAUGCUGGUGAAGAAUUGUGCCAUCCUGGAAAUUAUUGACACUGCCAUGCCCUUAACCAUCUGCAUUGCUUACUUCAGCAGCUGCGUUAACCCUAUUGUGUAUGGUUUUGUGGGACACAACUUCCGCAAAAAUUUACUACAUCUGUUGCACUGCUCACCGGGUCAAUCAACUAGGCCUCACCCAAGCAUCAGCUCCAAGAUGAGCACCCUGUCCUUUCGUGCCUCAGAGAUGCUGAGUCUUACAACCAAAAGUACAACUUCUGAAGUGAAGAAAGAAGCAAGAGGGUAGAAGUUCAUGUGUCCUGAUCUUUGGUCUGUGGUUAAGAGAUGGAGACAUUCUUUUAAAACCCCAACUGUGCUACCAAACACUGUGCAGAAUGGCUGUAAAGUUGUAUUUAUAUUCUUCUCUGAGUAAAAGAGAUAUUCACUACCUUAUACAAUACUAAAAUUCACUAUAAACCACCACACAUAGCUUGUCACAUUCACACUAGCAAACGUUUCUCUCGAAGCCUGUGAAAUGAAUGUCAGUGUCACUA